GGUUUGAGGACAGAGAGACAUCAUGUUUUCUCUCUGGAACACAAAGCUGUAGGAGGAGAGUGGUGUUGGGUAAUAGGCAAAAAUCAAGAGAGGCAGAGAGCUGCACAUCACUGGCUCACAGAGCGGACACCACCUCACCCAGAUAACGAGCACAUAUCCCUCAGGCACAGAGAACCAUGGCGUUUACAGGGUUGCUGCAAGAGGAGGACAUCAGGGCUGCCGUCAAGGCUUGUCAAGCUCCAGGCACAUUCAACUUCAAGUUGUUCUUUGCACAAGUGAGACUGACCGGCAAGCCAGAGGCAGAGGGCCAACGGGUGUUCAGAGUCCUGGACCAAGACCAGAGUGGAUACAUAGAGGAGGAGGAGCUGAAACUAUUCCUGCAGAAUUUCUCCUCGGGGGCCAGGGACCUGACUGAUGCUGAGACCAGAACUCUCCUGGCGGCAGGAGACAGAGACGGAGAUGGCAAGAUAGGGAUGGAAGAGUUCUGCGCUUUGCUGAAAUGAAGCUUUCACUCCUCAUAAGGGCUGUCUCUUUUUUUGCUUUCUCUUGGUACUUUUUACAACGUCUGGAAUCCAAAACGCCCAACUUCAGCAUGUCUGGAGGGAAAUGCCCACCUCAGCGACUCUAUGUAUAUGCCUGCUGCCACUCUCCCCGGUUGAUGGUGCAUCUUGGCACAUAAGUUCGUAGCCGGACAUCCAGAUAAACGUGGAUAUUAGAUGUAUAAGUGAGUGUCUGUCUAUCCAUUGGGUAACUGGUAUGGUUUAAUAAAGGAUCUAAAACGUA